AUGGACGCCUUUGCCAAUACCGUCAAAGAACUCACGAGACGCACCAGUUCUUACAAGGUUCCAGUUAUCGAUGUUUUUGGGUUGAUAAGUUUGAGUUCUCGCCUGAAAGGGGAGGUUCCUAAGGUUGUGAGGUUUGAAAAGAUAGUCGAAGCUCUUCAUUUGGGUAUAAAAGAAGUGAAAAGUAAUUGGAAGUCAACUGGUACUAUUCCCGGUCUCUACCUUUGUUUUCUAAUUAGUAAGGCUGAAGAGUCGGCUAAGAAAGAACAUUGGGAUGAUUUCAUUCGUUUUCUUGUUGCUAUGAUUUAUGGUAUUAUGCGAUUUCCAUCUAAGGAGAACUUUGUGAGUUUAUCAGCUAUUUGUGUUUUCAUGAACAAGAAUCUUGUGCCAACAUUGCUUGCGGACACUUAUGUGUCUAUGCACUCUAGGCAUGGAAAGGGGGGAUACAUAUGGAAAGGGGGGAUACAUUGUUGGCUCUUGUCUCCCUUUGUUGUAUCAGUGAUUUAUGUUGCAUUUUCCAGUGAAAGGGCCAUUCGUGCUCAAGAAAGGUGGAAUUAUUGUGUGGGGAAGGUUUGGAACAUCAUUACUAGUUGCGGUCAAUACUCCAAUGUCCCUCUCGUGGGAACUAGAGGUUGUAUUAAUUACAAUCCUAUGCUCGCUUACCGCCAAUUGGGAUAUGCGAUGGAAGUUCCUCCGAAAGAUGUAGAAAUGGUUGAAUCGGUGUACUUUGCUGAAGGGGAAGAUCUUAUUGAGCUGGAGAAGAUAGGAUCUGCUUGGACAAAAGUUCAUAAGAAAGAUCAAACCUCUUUAAGUAAAAAGUUUCCUAUUUCUAUGGGUCCUUAUAGGGAUUGGAUCAAGGAAAGAAUUAAAUAUUUGUUGUUGCCGUUUGCAAAGUCAGAUCCAUUGUAUGAACAUCCUCCUGUUCUCUUGUCUGAUAUAGUUCCUGCAGAGCUCUACACUCAAGCCAAGGCGGACAACAUCAAACUUCAAGCGAAAGAUAGGGAAGUGGAUUUGGAGAAUUAUUUUCAAGACCAAGAAAAGGGCGAGUUGGCUCGUUAG